GCAGUCCCUGAGGGCACGCCCUACCAGCUGUGGCAUGGGCGCAAGCCUGACAUCUCCCACCUCCGCGUCUGGGGCUGGACUGCCUAUGUGCAUGUGCAGAGGGAUAAGCGUCGCUCUCUGGGCUCCCAUGUGGAAAAGCCUAGGAGCAACCCACCACCUUCCCCUGCACCCCCUGUGGGUGUAUAUGUUCCUGAUGAGCUUGAUGAGCCAUUGGGCCAUGGGGGGGAGAAUGGUGCUCCACCUGCGCCGCCUGCGCCUCAGGAGCGUCCCCAGGACGUCCCAGGUGCUCACAACCGUGCCCCAACGCCUCCUCCACCGCCUUCGCGUUCUCCUUCGCCUCCUGGUGAUGCUGAUGAGGGCCAAGCCCCUCCAGAUCGCCCCAGUACUCCUCCUUGCCGUGCUCGCUCUGUCCCUGCGCCUCAAGCCCCUACACGUUGUUCUGCCAGGGAUAGGACUGCUACCACUCAGUGGUGGAAGCUGGACAAGCCUCGCUUGUACCCUGCUGGGCCUGCACCUGCUGGGCCUGCCAAACCGCUUGUCCCUGUUGAUGAGCAGGUGGAGGUGGUCCCAGACAGUGAGGAAGAGGACGACGCGGACACUGCACUAGCUGUGCAUGGGGAGGCCUAUGGCAGGGAACUGGCGCUCCAGGGUGAUUCCUACAAGGAGCCCAGGACCUAUGCUGAGGCUGUUGCUCAGGAUCCCCUCUGGUAUGACGCCUGUGUAGACGAGAUGGGCGCUCACUGGACCAAUGGGACCUGGGAGGUGGUGACUCUCCCUCCUGGGGAGAAGGCUAUAGGAAGUCGGUGGGUGUUCAAGCUGAAGCGCAAUGCUGAUGGGUCCAUAGAGCGUAGGCUCGAGUGGUUGCCCAAGGCUUCUCCCAGCGUCCUGGCUUCGACUACCUCGAGGUCUUCGCUCCCACUGUCCGCCUCUCCACCAUUCGCUUCAUCCUGUCCUCCAAAGUGUAGUCAUCAAAGUGCAGACACAUUCAGUGUCCCAUAA